AUGGCUCCCUUCAAAGAGAUUAAGGAAAAGCCAGUGAAGAUUGACAAGUGGGACACUGGUGCUUUGAAAAAUGCUUUGGAUGAUGGUGCUAAGAAGGUGCUCAUCGAUAUUCAUGGUUAUAAAGAAUCACACCGGUUGAUGGAUGGGCGUCUCUUCAUCUGUACAAUCGCUAUUGGUUUUGCACUGUUUGCUUUGGUUUGGGACUAUCUGUACCCCUUUCCAUUGUCCAGAAAUGUCCUCAUGACAUGUGCUCUCUCCUAUUUUUUCCUGAUGGGAAUUUUAACACUCUACCUCAGUUACAUAGAAAAGGGUAUAUUUCUGGUGGCUCUGGAACAAGACAGGGCUAUGAUGGAGCCAGAUAAUGAAUGGAAACUGUCAUCCUCACUCCGCAAGUAUGAUGACACGUAUCACCUGACCAUGAUUUUUGUGGAUGGGAAGACUAAGGAGGAGAGAUCUGCAACAGUUUCCAGACGAGUAGACAACUUCUUUGAUGAGAAUGGUGUAUUUUGCUUUGACUUGUAUAAACCAGUUAUUGACAGACUGAAGCAAGACCUCUCUAAUGAGAAAAAGAAAGACUAA